CCAACCGUCCGAUAACGAUAACCACCAUUUACAUUAACAUUUUAUUCUGAUUGGACCCAGCCUUUUUAUUAACAAAACAAACUUAAAAACAGCAAAAACAUGAAGAAAAAGGUACUGCUUAUGGGCAAGAGCGGCUCCGGGAAGACAAGUAUGCGGUCCAUAAUUUUUGCCAACUACGUUGCCCGUGAUACGACACGCCUGGGAGCAACAAUCGAUGUUGAGCAUUCCCAUGUGCGCUUUCUGGGCAAUCUGGUUCUCAAUCUGUGGGACUGUGGCGGCCAGGAAAGUUUUAUGCAGCAAUAUUGUACGCAGCAGCCCGACAACAUCUUUCGGAAUGUGGAGGUUCUUAUCUAUGUGUUCGAUGUGGAGAGCCAGGAGCUCGAGCGCGAUGUGCACUACUAUCAAAGUUGUCUCGAAGCAUUGCUUCACAACUCACCAGAAGCUAAGAUAUUUUGUCUAGUGCACAAAAUGGAUUUGCUUGCCGAAGACCAACGCGAUCUUGUUUUUAAGGUGCGCGAGGGAGAUCUCAUAGGUUUGUCCAAGCCCGGUAAUGUGACGUGCUUUCGCACCAGCAUUUGGGAUGAGACAUUGUACAAAGCUUGGUCGUCUAUUGUGACCAUGCUAAUUCCCAAUGUGGCAGCGCUGGAGAACUCUUUGACCCACUUUGCCAAUGUGAUUGAGGCGGACGAAGUGCUGCUGUUCGAGAAGGCAACCUUUUUGGUCAUCUCGCACUGUCAGAGCAAAAAGAAUCGUGAUUCACAUCGUUUCGAGAAGGUCUCGAACAUCAUAAAACAGUUUAAGCUGAGCUGCUCGAAGCUGGGGGCCAAGUUCCAAUCGAUGGAGGUGCGCAACAAUGCGUUUGCUGCCUUCAUCGAUACCUUCACUAGCAACACGUACGUCAUGGUGGUCAUGUCGGAUCCCACUCUGCCCUCGGAGGCGACGCUUGUCAAUAUACGAAACGCCCGCAAGUACUUUGAGGAGUUGGAGAAUCCAAAUAACAUUGCCAUGAACCAUCACAAUCACAAGUACCACUGAUGUGCCGUCUGAUUGUGUGA